UGCGCGUUUCUCAGUCCGCGGCAUUCUGUCGCAGAGCGCCUCCGAAAAUGUUUCGCACGUGCUGGGUUUUCCUACUGCUGCAGUGCUGCAGCGUACGGUUCGUCCUUUCGGAACCUUCUUGCCAAAAGUUUGAAGCGGACACAGGCACAAUUUUCUUCAAUUGCGCAGGUUUCACAAGCGUGUCCCAGUUGGCCACGAAAAUUCCACGCCCCGAGCCCAACAAGCACGUCUUUUCGUUAUCCAACAGUCGCCUCGAGAGCCUACCCGUCCAUGCAUUUGACGGCUUAUCCGCCUCCAAUGUAACGUUCAACAACGUCCAAGUCGACAACUUCGACGCGUCGCACCCAAACGCGUUCGAAAGACUCAAUGGCACACUGGUUGAGCUGGUUUUUGCUGGAGGAAGUACCUUGCCGAAGUCGUGGAGCCUGCUGCAGCACGUUCUCUCGCUUACGUCACUGCACUUUGAGAAGCAGGCUUUGUCGAUCGACCACGACUGGAGCAACCUGCCACGCAGUCUUCGCGACAUAUUCAUCACGGAAUCUACCGUCUCGAGCAUGGAGCAAAGCGCCCUUGCUGCAUUGACGAGCUUAGAGCAGUUCGGCAUCACCGAUAGUAGACUGAGCAAUUUUUCGUGGUCUCUUUUGCCGAGUCCAGCUCGGUCUCUGCACACGAUAGUGUUAAGCCAAAAUGAACUCAGUGAAAUUCCCAAAGGGUUCAAUCCCCAGCAGUUUCCUGCUUUAAGGAGCAUUCGCCUAGAGUCCAAUCCUAUCACGACCUGGAGUGGGGAAACGCUUGAUGCUAUUCGCCUGCAUCCUAACAGCCCAAUGUUGAUCCUCGGUGCCAUCACAUGCGACUGUCGGGUUCGUGCGCUUCGAGAGUUUCCCAGGGACCGAAUUUCAGCGACAUGCGCUUCGCCGGAAGGCUGGAAACACCGGCGAAUCGACGAGAUCAGCGUCGAAGACCUGCGUUGCUGAAGGAGCUGAGGACGAAGCUAAUAAAAAAGAAGAGCGCUGACUGGUAUCA